CCGUGAUCGAGGCAGUGCCAAUGUAACGCCUUUUUGCCGGGGGGCUAUAGGACGGAUCAUGAAUACUAAACACGAAGGAAAACCCUUUGAAAAUCUGAAUCAUUUUCCAGCAGCCGCCUCAGGCAUAAGUAAACACAAACCCUGCAAAUGCCAACACGCCCCUUCUCUGUAUCCACUCCCUCUCCAAUUCGUGCCACGUCAGGAACUUGUCGGGAGUACUACGACCUUUAUCUCAUUCUGACAAACCUGAGCACAAGAGCUGCCGAGAGCCCAGGGAUGGUCGCUGCCCAUUCGCGCCUUUCCAGUUAACUUACUUUCACCAUUUGAACUCAAAUGCUCCGAAAUCGCGUUUGGCAUUUUCUGUCGCCUCGGGUUCAGAUUAUGAGAAUAAAUAAUGAGAAGUUUGUGCCGACGGCUCUCUCUCCUUGCUUCCGCCAGUAUCGUGCUAACCACGUACCUGACUGUGCGAGAGUUUCUCUUGUUCAGCCACUCCUUCACCUCGCAGCAGGAAAGAGUCGGGGGCAGGAGCUCGAAGCCAACGGCGACUGUGCUCAUCUGGUGGCAUCCGUUCGGCAAGAGAACCGAGAUCAAGAACUGCGGCACUCUCUACAACAUCCACAGCUGUCAGUUAACAACAGACCGACGGCGCUAUGUCCUCUCGCAGGCUGUAAUCAUACAUCACCGGGAUUUGCAAAGUCGUUUGGAUCAACUUCCCUCGGGACGGAGACCCAUAGCUCAGAGAUGGAUCUGGAUGAAUUUCGAGUCCCCGACUCACUCUUACCAGCUUGAGCAGCUGAACGGUAUCUUCAACUGGACCAUGACUUACAGACGCGAGUCUGACAUCUUCGUCCCUUACGGAUACCUCUAUCCCAGAAAGAAAAAGCGACAGAUAGUGCUGCCCAAGAAAACUAAACUGGUCGCUUGGGUCAUCAGCAAUUGGAAUGAAGACCAUGCACGGGUUAAAUAUUACAACAAGCUCAAGAACUACGUGAGCAUUGAUGUAUAUGGAAAAUUUGGCUUGGAUCUUAAAAAUAACAAUGUUGUUCUGACAGUGUUGCCAUAUAAGUUUUAUCUGUCUUUCGAAAAUUCCCAACACGUGGAUUACAUAACCGAAAAACUUUGGAAAAAUGCUUUUUUAUCCAGCGCUGUGCCCGUGGUGUUGGGACCCAGCAGAACCAAUUAUGAACAGUACAUACCGGCGGAUUCUUUUAUACAUGUAAAUGACUUUUCGAGUCCAGGAAAACUGGCCGAGUAUUUGAUGUAUUUGGAUAAGAAUAGUGGAAGCUAUAAAAAAUAUUUCGAGUGGAAAAAGGGCUACAAUGUGCACCUGACACAGUUUUGGGAUGAGCAGUAUUGCAAAGUAUGCGAGGCUAUCCAGAAUGCGGGGAGGCAACACAAGACUAUCUCAAAUCUGGAUACUUGGUUUCAGUGAUUGUAGUCUACUUUUGUUU